AUGUCCGCCUAUACCAUUGCACUGGCAACACCUGCUGACAUUGCCGACUAUGUUCAAGAGCCUGGAGCAGUCACCUCUGAUUCCGACAAGCUUGCGGCAGCCCUACAAGAAGGCAAGUUCUCCGCGCUCAUUGCGCGCAGUGGAGACGAGGCCGUGGCAUUGGCAACGUUCUACUCCACCUAUUCGACCUGGACGACCGUCACGGGCUUGAACCUUGAUGACCUGUUUGUGGAACCCGCACACCGAGCUGCUGGGCUUGGCAAGCGAAUGCUGGGACGCCUUGGCCAGUUGGCCCAAGAACGGGGGUGUGAGCGUAUCGAGUGGAUGGUUCACCUCUGGAACGACUCGGCUAUCGCAUUCUAUGAGCAGAGGCUCGGAGCCAAGCCACUCAACGAUCUCAAGCGCGAGAAGCUGGAGGGCAAGGAGGCCAUUUCGCGAUUGGCCGCGUUGGCCUAG